AUGGUUUCAAGAUUACUUGUUCAACUUGAUUCUACGACUGAAUGGAUUCUCAUUUUUGGAGUAAUCUUUGGAAUUUUAAUAAUUGGGCUAAUUACAUAUAGAUUAUGCCGAAGAAAACAGAAUUCGUAACCUAAAUAUUAAAAUAAUUCCAAAAAUUUCAAGGAUCAUCCUAAGUCUGAUAAAGUCCAAGAAGAAAAAAAAUUGUAAAAUAGAAUGGAUACAUCGGGUACAAAGAAGGAAUUUUUCGUAAUUGAAGAAGAGCCAGAAAAAAAAAAUGAUCAUAAUGACAAUUAUAAUCCUGGCGAAGUUAAUGAAAGCAUCAAUUUAAGCAAUGUAUUUAAUCUAGAAGGCGAGGGUAAACAACGUCAAAAUAACAAGUAUUAAUAAAUUAGAUAAAAUUGA